CGGGCUCUGCGGCAGUAGCAGGGUGCGGUUGGCCUUGGGGAAACAGCGGGGGAGGGAGCACUGGUACGGAGGGAGCCACAGCUUGCUUAGUUGCCCGUGUGCGAGAGCAGACCUGAAGUUCUGUCCUUUGAGCCGCCUCCUCUUCGCCCCCGGGGCCGCGAACCCCACACCCCUUAAAGGAAGUGAGGGCCGGGAAACAGGUGACCCAGGCGACGCCUAGCGCCCAUCCGCCUCCUUUUUGAAGCAUGUUUUUCACUUGUGGCCCAAACGAGGCUAUGGUGGUCUCAGGUUUCUGCAGAAGCCCGCCUGUCAUGGUGGCAGGAGGCCGGGUCUUUGUUGUGCCCUGUAUCCAGCAGAUUAGGAGAAUAUCCCUCAACACGCUGACUCUUAAUGUCAAGAGUGAGAAAGUCUAUACUCGUCAUGGUGUUCCCAUAUCAGUUACUGGCAUUGCCCAGGUAAAGAUCCAAGGCCAGAACAAGGAGAUGUUGGCUGCUGCCUGUCAGAUGUUCCUAGGGAAGACUGAGGGUGAAAUUGCCCACAUUGCAUUGGAGACAUUGGAGGGCCACCAGAGGGCAAUCAUGGCCCACAUGACAGUAGAGGAGAUCUAUAAGGAUCGACAGAAAUUUUCAGAGCAAGUGUUCAAAGUAGCUUCAUCUGAUCUUGUCAACAUGGGCAUCAGUGUUGUUAGCUAUACUCUCAAGGAUAUUCAUGAUGACCAGGAUUAUCUUCAUUCCCUAGGGAAGGCUCGAACAGCUCAGGUCCAGAAAGAUGCACGUAUUGGGGAAGCUGAGGCCAAAAGAGAUGCUGGCAUCCAGGAGGCAAAAGCAAAACAACAGAAGGUAUCAGCUCAGUAUGUGAGCGAGAUAGAGAUGGCCAAGGCACAAAGGGACUAUGAGCUGAAGAAAGCUGUUUAUGACAUUGAGGUCAACACUCGACGUGCACAGGCUGACCUAGCCUAUCAGCUGCAGGUGGCAAAGACAAAGCAGCAUAUAGAGGAGCAGCGAGUGCAGGUACAAGUAGUGGAGCGGGCCCAGCAGGUGGCAUUGCAAGAACAGGAGAUAACUCGUCGAGAGAAGGAGCUAGAAGCUCGGGUGAAGAAGCCCUCAGAGGCUGACCGAUACCGCUUAGAAAGACUAGCUGAGGCGGAGAGGUCCCAGCUGAUUAUGCAAGCAGAAGCUGAAGCUGAGUCAAUCCGGAUACGUGGGGAAGCAGAAGCAUAUGCUAUAGGGGUCCGGGCCCGGGCAGAGGCUCAACAGAUGGCCAAGAAGGCAGAGGCCUUUCAAUUAUACCAGGAAGCUGCCCAACUGGAUAUGUUGCUGGAGAAACUACCCCAGGUGGCAGAGGAAAUCAGUGGUCCUCUAAGUUCUGCCAAAAAAAUCACACUGGUAUCUAGUGGGGGAGGUACAUUGGGGGCUGCCAAGGUGACUGGAGAAGUAUUGGACAUUCUAAGCCACUUGCCAAAUUGUGUGGAGAAGCUCACAGGUGUUAGCAUUUCCCAGGCAAAUUAGAACAAGCCAAUUUUUGAAGCAGCAACAAAAGGAUCAAAUUUCUAUUCCUUCAUGCACCAGUCAAAUUUCCUGAACCCAAGGUCUUUGUUCUACUGCAGUUGAGGUAGCCCCACUUCCUUCCAUAUUUGGAUUCUUCAGAACUUCCUGCUCAUUUGCCUGUGUCUUGUGGGGGGCUGCUCCUCAUCCUAUCAGUAGCUAUCCUAUUCUAAAAAGGUGACCGCUUACCCCCAAUAUACUUAUUUAGUCAUCUAAUUAAAUGAUUGUCUGCCUGAA